AUGGCUUCGAUUCAGGAGGAUAUAGCUAGCCUCGGUCGGAGGAUAGAUGGGCAGCAGGCUCAGCAGGUCCCACCCCAGGAUGGCGCCCAGUAUGAUCCUACAGUGCUACCACCCCCUCCACCCAGUCAGUUAGCACCACAGGCUAUGCCGUUCACUCUGCAUAGUCAGAUCGAGGUUGCCCCGCCUCCUGUCACCGUGCCUACCCCGACCUCAGAAGACCUGCAUGCACCCAUGGAUAGACUUGAGCAGAGGUUGAGACAGUUGAGGACUUCAGACAGAGCCAUUACUUGGGAGGAUCUUGAUGGAGCACUAGUGGCCAGUUUACCGGCCAGGUUCAAGAUGCUAGAGAUUGAGCGAUACACGGGGAUUAGGUGCCCCCGCAUCCAUUUGAGGCUUUACAGUACGAUCAUGAGGGCUCAUGGAUUGGACGAGGCUCAGAUGAUUAUGCUUUUCCCCAUGUCCUUGAGUGGCGCUGCACAACGUUGGUUUGCUUCUUUGGAUGUAUCACGUCGUCAGACUUGGGAUGAUCUGGCCGAAGAGUUCUUGAGACAGUAUGCAUUCAAUACUAUAGUUGACGUAUCGAGGAGGGAGCUCGAGGCUCUUAGGCAGAGAUCAGACGAGUCAGUUUCUUCAUUCAUUUCCCACUGGCGCGGGAAGAUUGCCGAGAUCAUUGAUAGACCUUCAGAGAGAGAUCAGAUACAGAUGGUCUUGAGGAGUUUACAGCCCAGGAUCGCUAGGCACAUAGUCGGGGUACCGUUCGCAAAUUUUGGCUCAUUGGUUCUGGCUUUAUACGAUGUCGAGGACGGCAUCUCGAGAGGAUUGUGGACGGAUUCUUCUCCUAGUGAUAUUAAGGGGAAGAAGCCCUUUGUAGGACAGAGGUCAACGGAUGUAAGCGCCAUUGGUUCUUCUAGUCAGAGGCCUCUCAGGUGCCAUCAGCCAAUCCCACAGCUUUCCGAGCCUCAUUCUUCCUAUGCACCUCAUCAGUACAAGUCACGGGCACCUCGUCCAGUUUAUGAUCAGACACACAUGCCGCAGACUUUAGCUUUGCCUUAUUAUGCCUCCCAGGGCAUUGAGAGACCCCCGGUUUCCUACAUGGCCAUAGGACAGUCAUGCUAUGCUACUCAGUUCACUGCGAGACCCACAACGCCUUACCCCCGACCUAGAGCUCAACAGACUUCUGCUCCAUUUGCUUUGAGGACACAUAGACAGUUCUCGCAGCUAGGCAUGCCGUUGAGCCAGGCUCUUCGGAAGCUUAUAGAGAUAGGGUUGUUGACUGCUCUCACUCCUAGGUCGCCGCCUCAGCCGAUUCUGCCUCAAUUCAGGAUGGAUCUGCACUGUGCAUACCAUCAAGGGCCUGGACACGAGACCAAUCGAUGCAGCGCUUUGAGGCAUGCCGUCCAGGAUUUGAUCGACCAGGGUUUGAUACACUUGGGUCAGCUGAGUGUGACCACGAACCCGUUACCUGCCCAUAACACACAUGUUGUCCCUCCACCAGCCGAUGACAUUCAUUUCUUAGACUUUGAUGAGAUCGAUAACCACAUCCACAUGCUGAGUGAUGACGAUUCAGACCUAGAGCCCAUCAUGCCAGAUGUGAUUUAUGAGAUGAGUGGGGUGACUCUAGGUCUUCGGAUGCCUGCUCCAUUCCGAUUAGUUCCUGAGGCGGCGUCGGUGCAGGCUGCCACCCUUGAGCCAUUGAUUCUGCCACAUUAUAACGUCCAUGCGCCAUUCAUCUUGAUCCCGAAUGUUGAGGAGGUUCAAGCUCCGCAUGUUGAUGAUUCUCAGACUCUGGAUGUUCAUUAUAUUCUCCGAGGAGGUAGAGUGAUGCGAUAG